GUUUAUAUUUUUUCGGCCGCUAUAAAUAGAGCUACCAAUAUACCCGAGUGAUUCCAAGAUCUUAUGAACAAAGCUUCACAUCACACAUACACAGCUCAAGCAUUUGCAUCAACAAAGAUAUGGCCUCCAAACCUGGCUUUCUCACUGAUUGGCCAUGGAAGCCUCUUGGAAGUUUUAAGUGGGUGAUUUUGACACCAUGGAUAGCACACAGCACCUACUCUUUCAUAACGAAGGAUCAAAAUGAAAGAGACAUUGGAUACUUUCUAAUAUUUCCAUAUAUGAUGUUGAGAAUGCUCCAUGAUCAAGCUUGGAUCACUCUUUCUCGCCACAGAACCUCCAAAGGCAAAAGCAGAAUCCUUGACAAAGGAAUUGAGUUUGAACAAGUUGAUCGAGAAAGCAAUUGGGAUGACCAGAUAUUGUUGAAUGGGUUAUUAUUCUACAUAGGUUACAUGUUGGUUCCAGAAGGUUCUCACCUACCAAUAUGGAAAACAGAUGGUGUUAUUAUUACAACUCUGUUGCAUGCUGGACCUGUUGAGUUUCUCUAUUAUUGGUUGCAUAGGGCACUCCAUCACCAUUUUCUCUAUUCCAGAUACCAUUCUCAUCACCAUUCCUCCAUUGUCACUGAACCCAUCACUUCUGUGAUCCAUCCAUUUGCAGAGCACAUAGCAUAUUUUGUGUUAUUUGCAAUUCCACUUUACACAACAGUGAUUACAAGGACAGCUUCCAUUGCAUCCUUCGCUGGCUAUUUGGCCUACAUUGACUUUAUGAAUAAUAUGGGUCAUUGCAACUUUGAGUUCAUUCCAACCACCCUUUUCUCCUUCUUUCCCUUCCUCAAAUUUCUCAUCUAUACUCCUUCGUUCCACUCAUUGCACCACACACAAUUCAGAACUAAUUACUCACUUUUCAUGCCAAUUUAUGAUUACGUGUAUGGAACAAUGGACAAGAGUUCAGACAAAACAUAUGAAAUGUCACUGAAGAGAGAAGAAGGUUCAGUAGAUGUGGUGCACCUAACACACCUUACAACCCCAGAAUCAAUAUAUUAUCUUAGGUUGGGGUUUUCUUCAUUAGCAUCCACACCACAAUCUUCAAAAUGGUACCUCUAUUUGCUGUGGCCACUGACACUUUGGACUUCUUUGAUGACUUGGUUUUAUGGCAAAACAUUUGUUUUGGAGAGGAACAAUUUCAAAAUGCUCAAUUUGCAAUCUUGGGUUAUACCAAGAUUCCAUGUUCAAUAUUUCUUCAAAUGGCAAAGAGAAGCAUUAAACAAACUGAUAGAGGAAGCAAUACUUGAGGCAGAGUUGAGAGGAGUUAAGGUUUUAACUCUUGGUCUUUUGAACCAGGGAGAUAAGCUUAAUAAACUUGGUGAGAUUUACAUAAAGAGCUAUCCGCAGCUUAAGAUAAAGAUUGUUGAUGGAAGUAGCUUAGUUGUGGCUAUUGUUCUUAAUAACAUUCCCAAAGAAACAACUCAAGUGCUUCUUUCUGGUAAACUUACCAAGAUUUCAUAUGCUAUUGUCAGUGCUUUAUGUGAAAGGGGUACCAAGGUUACAACAAUGUACAAGGAUGAUUAUGAUAAUCUUCAAUCAAAGCUCUGCUCUGAGUCCAAAAAGAAUUUGGUUUUCCCAGGAUCCUACACUGCAAAGAUAUGGUUAGUAGGAGAUCAAAUUAACGAGGCUGAACAGAAAAAGGCACCAAAAGGAACAUUGUUCAUACCUUUUACCCAAUUUCCUCCAAAGAAACUUCGCAAAGAUUGUUUCUAUCAUACCACACCAUCCAUGCUAGCUCCCUCUUCUUUAGUUAACGUACAUUCCUGUGAGAAUUGGCUGCCAAGAAGGGUGAUGAGUGCAUGGCGUAUUGCAGGGAUAUUGCAUGCCUUAGAAAAAUGGGAUGUUAAUGAGUGUGGAGAUGCUAUGUUUAGCAUUGAGAAAAUAUGGCAAGCAAGUAUUCAUCAUGGGUUUAGGCCAUUAAAAAUAAAUCCUCUUAUUAAAAUUUAAAUAAUUAAUAAUUAGUCUUUUUUAUGUGACUAAAUUAAAUAUUAUUUCAGCUAUUAAGUUUAUUUGUUUAUGAUAUUUAAAGAUAUAAAAUUAAUAUUAUAAAAAUUGUAUUAAUUAUACAUUAUAUCUAAAUUAUCAUAAGUUAUUUGUGUUAGUAGUUAUAUCUUACAAUUUAUGUAAUG